GAAACGGCGAGAAAAGGGUGGGAGAAAGUACGUCGAGUAGGGGGAUGCGCGCCGUAUUAAAAUGCUGACUCUUACCGCGCAGCGUGGGAGUUAGUUCUGGUGAUGGCGCCAGCCAACUCACUCGCUCAACUAACCCACCAUCCCGACCCUCCGAUCCUCCAUCUCCCGACCACCGGCAGACGACGAAGCAACCUCCACGCUCGCAACCUCCUCUCGCUGAUUCUACCGAUCCGCAGCAGCAGCAGCAGCAGCAGCAGCAGCAGGAACAGCAACAGCAGCAGCAGCAAUAGCAGCAGCGAAUCAGCACCGAGUCCGGCACAUUCUACGACGUGCAGUAUCAAAAGAAAUAGCAACGGUAGAAGAAGGAAGAGAAGCAACAAGAGCGAGAGCAGUUAGCCGUGGGCAGAGUCAGUUAAAGGGAGGAAAAGAUAGAAACACCGACGGCAACGGUGGUAACAGCAGGGAAGAGCGCAGAUAACCGAGCUAUGAGAGAUUAAUAGUUUUGCUUCCGGUUCCCCGGAAAGCAACUACACUCCUCUCAACUGAGAAAAGAAAACUCUAGAAAGAAAGGAGUGAGAGAGAAAGAAAGAGAGAAAGAAAGAGAGAGAGAGAGAGAGAGAGAGAGAGAGAGAGAGAAGGAGGAGGCAAGAAAAGGACUAUGGUGUCGUAACACGCGCGCCUCUGCACGAACGGACGCACGCACCGCGAAAGAUCACGUCACCGAGCAGCCCUCGCCGCUACAUCCCCACCCUCGAUCAACCCCUAUCGCCAGCACCACCACCGUCACCGUCACCGUCGCUGUCGUCGUCGCCGUCGCCGUCGUCGUCGCCACCACCACCACAGCUGCCACCGCCGCCGCCGUCGCCACCGCCGCCACCACCACCGCCGACGCUGCCAAGAUCAACCGCAAGAACGCCUUACAACGGAUGGAUCGUCAUUGCGGCUGAAACCCCUUGCCGCCGGUAGAGACUCCGAGCACUCCGUAUGAAGGCGGUACGCGUACGACCACCCACGCACGAAACAUCCCCGAAGACGUUAACGUCCGUGCCACCCUUCUUAUUCUUCUUCUGUUUCUUCUCCUUCUUCUACUUCUACCACUACUUUACACCAUUCGCUGGCUCCUUUACUACCGCACAACAACGGGACACUCUUCUCGCUACUCUCGCGGUAAUGGUGUAAUGAAUCUUCUGGCAGUCAGCACCGGAAGAAUCAACGCCAAUAACAACACAACCGGCUAUUCGAUAUUAGCUAACCAUACGGAGGAAAACGGUGCUGCUGCAUGGUCAUGAGUAAUAACUUGGUGAACGAUAAAAAAGCCUAUCUGAGUUUUGUGCUCUUGUGCGGCUAAAUUUACUAUUUAAUGUGCGCGGUCCUUAAUCAUUCGCUUAUAUAUUUGCAAUAUAAAUAUAUAAUUAUACGCACGAGUUUGAUCUUAUUUCACGCGUUACAAACGUUCAAAGUAAAAUAUCAAUCAAUCUGCGAUAACGACUAAUCUUUUCUCUCUCUCUCUCUCUCUCUCUCUUUCUCUCUCUCUCUCUCUCUCUCUCUCUCUCUCUUUUUCAUCCUUUGUGAUUCAACACCAUCGAAGAUAUACUACAAUUGCAUUGAAAAGCAUCGAAUUGAAAUCGAUUCUCGUAUUCGAGACCCCAUCAUCAUCAUCAAUCCCCCGACCCUCAACCCUCUCUCUCUCUCUCUCUCUCUCUCUCUCUCUCUCUCUCUCUCUCUCUCUCUCUCUCUCUCUCUCUCUCUCGCUCUCGCACUUUCACCUGAACCCUUUUGUUCCUGGCCACUUCGACCACCGGUGAAUCCGAGUUACGCCGACGGUGUGUGUACGUGAAGGGGUGAAAGAGAAAAGCGGCUGAAGUAGUAAGAGAAAGCAAACGCUAGACUAUCUAGGAAAAGGAAAAAGAGGAGGAGGAGGAGGAGGAGGAAGAGGAGGAGGAGAGGAGGGGGAAGAAAAAAUCACUAGAGCUCUUCGAGAGGUAUACGGGAAGACCAGAGAGAGAGAGAGAUAGAAAGAGAGAGACAGAGAGAGAGAGAGAGAGGGAGAUAAAAAGAAGAGGAAGAACAGAGAAAAAGUGAGAAGAAAGAGAGAGAGAGAGAGAGAAAGGGAAAAAGAGAGAAAGAGAGAGUGAGACAGACAGAAAAAAAGAGAGAGAGAGAGAGUACUCUUGAUCAUCACAUCAGGGUAGAAGAAGGACCGGUAAAAUUUUCCGCGUACUCAACGCCGCAGAGAAGCAAGUAUCUUCACGUACAACCCAUCAAAAAAAAAAAAAAUAAUAAUAAUAAUAAUAAUAAGAAUAAAAAUAUAACAAAAAAUAAAACAAUAGAAAGUUACCAAAAAAAAAAAAAAAAAGGAAAAGAAAAUUAACAUGUCACCAGCACCCAGCACCGUGCACGAGCCUCUCCUAUCAAAAUCUUCGCACGCAAAAUUGCACUCUCGCCGCAUUUUUUCUCGAGUUUACUUGUAUAGGACGAAACGAAUAUGUAAUAUCAAAGUAACUAAGAGAAAAAGGGAAAAAAGAGAAAGAGAAAGGAAAAAGCGAUAUGAUAAAGAAUUUUCAACGAGUUCUUAAUCGCGAUCAUCUGUCCUUCUUAGUUCGAAAAGUCCGUUUUUGUAUAUUUUUCGGGACACCUGUUGAUAUCUCUCGCCAUGCUAUAUUAAGUAUCACUUACCUUACUGAAAUAUAAUGUCGUUUGUCAAAUACGAUAUUAUUACUCUAAUCCAUUGUAACUGGACAAUAUUUAUCGGAACUAUUGUUUAAAAGUAACAUUACGAAAGCGUAAACGCCCAUCGAGUCGUCUCGACGUUAUACGUGGCCGCCACAAGGGGAUGGCCUCGUAGUCGAGAGAAAGAAAGAGAGAGAGAGAGAGAGAGAGAGAGAGAGAAAGAGAGAGAGAGAUGAAAGUGGGAAAGAGGGAGAGAUAAAGAGAGAAAAAGAGAGAGAAAAAAAGAGAGAGAGAUACUGUUUAGCCGUUAUAUCCGCGAUACAAGGUCGUCCUUUUUACGAGAGACGUCCUCUUCUCCCUCUUCUUUCCUCUUGUUCGCGCAUCAAAAUUUUAUUAUCCCCAUCGAGAUACGUGCCUGUUGAUAUCGCGAUAUUCGUACGUGCGAGAAAGAGAGAAAUAAAAAGAGAGAAAGAGAAAGAAAGAGAAAGAAAGAGAGAGAGAGAGAGAGAGAGAGAGACUCGAUCGUUAACGUUAUAAAGUGCUCUUAUAGUCGGUAAAUGUAACGGGAUAACGCGUUGUAAUAUAGACAGGAGCUUUAGCACGAGGAAGCCGCUGAAUCGCGAAGACGGGGAAAAAAACGUGCUCGACUCUACCCUCCCUCCAAACUACCCGUACUACAUACACGUGCCUAUUCGAUUUAGAGGACUUUAAAGCUAGUAACGAUUACGAACGAGGCGAAAGAACAGAGAGAAAGAGAACGAUACACCGGUAAUUGAAAUCGUCCGUCUAGAGUCUAUAGUAAAAGGCCAUAGGGAAAGGGGACUAUAUAGCGAGAGAGAUAGAAAUAGAAAGAGAAAGAGAGAGAAAGAAAAAGAGAGAGAAAAAGAAAGAGAGAAAAAGAGAGAAAGAGAAACACAUUUACCAACGAGAAACAAUAGUGAAAGUGAGAGAUAAAAGAACGACACAACAUUUUGAAGUUUGUUACAAAUAUCAAGAUUGUUCGCUAUCCAAAUCUCGUCGAUCCACCAACGUUCAUCGAUCUUUCGCUAUCUUUUUCUCUUUCUCUCACAUAAGAGGAUCCUUCGUAUCUUUUCUCGCAGGAUUCUUAAAAUAGUAGAAUCCAUAUCCCUCGGUGUGUAUAUUUGACUGAAAGGAAAAGUCGGCCUAAUCCACGUUCGGUACACCGAUUUCCUCUUGUAGAUUGGAAAAAAGGGAGAGUAAAGAGAGAAACUGAGAAAAAAAAAUAUAUAUAUAUAUACAUAUAUAUAUAUAUAUAUAUAUAUAGAGAGAGAGAGAGAGAGAGAGAGAGAGAAAGAGAAAGAGAAAGAGAGAGAGAGAAAAUUAAAGAAAAAGAAAGAGAAGGGUUCGUUUUUUAUUAGCAACGUGGGCCACAUCAGAAAGGAUACGGAUUCGUAUAUCCUUAUAUAAAACGCUCGUAAAAGAGCAACCGAUAGGGAGGAAAGGAAUCGGCCAUCAUCGAGUCACGUAAGAUGACGAUCUGCAUAGUCUGGCUAUUAGCAUACGUUGGACAAGUUCUCGAAUUAGAAAAUCGUCCGAUGAGCGUCGCUCACGGAAGACACGGGCAGGAUUGUCAUCACGAGGUAAGCAUCAGGAAAUUCCAGAACGGACAAAGCACGAUAGAUGGCAACCUGUUGCACCUAAAGACGCAUCCUUACGAAGGAUCGCAUCGUGAUGACCUGUCCGAAUGGUUGGUAUAUACCGAGAAACGGCCGAUUUACUCGUGGACAACGAGCAACAUGCUGGUCGAUGGGAUUAUAAAGGAACCUAAGGAUCUUAAUAGGAACUUGUUGACUUUAUCGCCCGGUCUAUCGAACGUCCUUUAUCCGGAAUACGUGUCCAUGACGUCUCCGUAUGUUUCGGUUAGUUCGAUGUCGCGAACAACGACGGAACCUCUCGUCGACGAUGCCCUUCUUGCUCAGCAUCAGCAUCGCUUUCAACAUCAACAUAAACAACAACAACAACAACAACAACAACAACAACAACAACAACAACAACAACAACGUCAACAUCAUCAUCAACUGCAACAACAACAACAACAACGGCAGCAGCAGCAGCGACGUCAGUUGCAUCAACGAAACAAAAAGAGACGUAUAAUCGAUUACAGCAACAAUAAGCAAGCCGAGAACCAAGCCAUCGAGUUACCAAUUUUGAUCUAUUACAACGGCGAGAAGAUCCUUCCAGACAGAAGACAAUCUGAUCAAGAGGAUGUCUACGAGCAGAGACUGAAUUCGCCGAUGAAAUUGAAGACUGAACCGAUCUACGAGCGUUUCUCCAAGCCUUUUUUGUCUUCUAUCUUCUCGUCCUCAUUCCCAUCUUCUUCUGCUUCUUCUUCUACUUCUUCUUCUUCUUCUUCUUCUUCUUCUUCUUCUUCUUCUUCUUCUUCUACUUCAUCUUUUUCUUCUGCUUCUACUUUAUCCUCUUCGCGAGAAUUUUUCAACGAUGAAGAACUUACACCUUCUAAGCCUUUUAUAUACGAGAUUAAUGAUCCUUCCGAAAAAAGGAAUCAGAUAAUCAUACGACGACGAUCGGUCGAUUUACCAGGGGAAUCUUCUGUCUCUCGCCAAGCCCUGAUGCCGCCUACAUCCUCCUUUACUUCCGAAAGAUCAAGCCUAGCCUCGCAUUUUAUAAGAUCUGCCAGGGGGAGCAGACAUUACGACGUGCCGCAAAUCGAGUGUCCAGCCUCGGAGGAAGGGAUGGAGAGGUUUGCAUGUCCAACGCCGGACAGAAUGGGUAGAUAUCGUUGCAUCGACGACCAUGUUCUAUGCGACGGCUUUACGGAUUGUCCGCAGGGCGAAGAUGAAAAUAUGCUCCACUGCAUGUUUUUCAAAACUACAAGAGCGCACCUCGACGUCUUAGCGGACGCCAUAUUGCGAUGGGCAAGAGGACGUUAAUUGCUUUUCAUUAUAAACGAUGAAUCUUCAUCGCGUAUAUAAUGCCUCAUCGAUGUAAUUUUUCUCUACUGCGUUAAUGCAUUCCCCGAAAACAGAUUACUUACUUCUAUCUCUCUAUCUCUCUCUCUCUCUAUCUAUCUAUCUAUCUAUCUAUCUAUCUAUCUCUCUCGUUCUCUACUUUCUAUAUUUUUCUUACAUUUUUUCUCUUUAUCUUUCUUUUUCUCUACCAUUUGUCUUUUCCUUUUAUCUGUCAGUAUCUUCUUCCAUCUAUCUUUCACGUUCUCUCUCUCUCUCUCUCUCUCUCUCUCUCUCUCUCUCGCUUUCUUUCUCUCUUUCGAUCUAUCUCUCUGUCACUUUCUCUCUCUCUCUCUCUCGUUCUCUAUUCCUCUUUCUUUCUUUUUUUCUCUAUUCCAUUUUAUUUCCAUCGCACUUCUCCUCCUCUUCGUUGACACACGUAAAAACAAAACUACAGUAAAAUCAAAACUCAGGGAAACGUGAAAAUGUAACUAUCCCGCGAAUAUACUCGAAUAUAUAAAAAAAAAUGCGACAUUAAUCCGUCGUGAAAUUGAUCUGUGAAAAAAAAAAAAAAGAGAAAGAAAGAAAUAUAGACAGAUAGAAAGAAAGAAAAAAAAAAGAAAGAAAGAAAGAAAAAAAGAAAGAAAGGAAGGAAGGAAGGAAGGAAGGAAGAAAGUAAGAUAGAAGGAAGAAAAAAAAAAACCGUAAACAAAGUUACACAAAACACAUAUCUGCAUAUAGAAUGUUGGAAAAAGAAUUCAAGACUUAGAAGAGAUACAUAUAUAUAUGGUGCUUAUUAAGCUGAGUACAAAAUUCUUAAUUUAAAUGUGACUCGCGAAAAAAAAAAAAAAAAAAGAAAGAAAAAAAAAAGGAAAGAAAAGAAAAAAGAAAAGAAAAAGAAAAAGUAGAAAGGAAGAAAGGAAAAAAUUGACCUUGACACAGAGAGACCUUAUAAAUAAUUUCCAGUUUAGAUAAUCAUAACGAUUUAAUUGCUUCUGUUAGUCGUAUGCGCGCCAUCUGUAUAUAUAUUUACUAAAGCUACAUCUCUUGCUUCCAUUAUCUACUAAACAAGCUUCCAUAUGUUGAUACCCAAAGAAAUGUGGUAUUCUCUCUUUCAAAUUAUUCUUGCAUUAUAAGUUCAUUUAGAUAUGUCUAAUAAUAAAACAGAAAAUAUAAUAGAAAAGAGGGAAAUUUAAAUUCUACCUCUAUCUAUCUUUCAUUGAUUAAUCUAAUUUCAAAAUGAUCAUAAAAUGAGACGGAGCUCUUUAUCGUGCAUAAAUCACAAAUCCUUUACCUUCGAUCUAGAGGGGGAUAUUUUUUUUUAUAUAUUGAUAUAACUCAACUCAAUCCUUCAUUCCUAGGCUGCAUACAAAAGUAAAAAGAGAGUAUACUUGUAGAGAGAAAGAGAGAAAGAGAGAGAGAAAGAGAGAAAGAGAGAAAGAGAGAGAGAGAGAGAGAGAGAGAGAGAGAAUCAUUUAUAAUAGAAAAAUUAUUAAAAAUCAUUUAUAAUUUAAUAUCAGGAUCAAUUUUUGAUUGCACAUUGACUAAACUCUUUUUUUUCUUUUUUACUCAGCUCAACUAGUACUAUAAAUACAUGCCCUCUAAAUCAUGAAUCCUUUUUUCUUUGUUUUUUUUUUUUUUUUGUCUAACACUCUGUAUACGGGGAAA